AUGAACAAGCAGGUAGUAGGGCAAACCAAUCCUGAAAAGUUGCUGGAUGCAAAAAUGACAAAACUGAAGCUGUCCUAUUUCAGGCACAAAAUUAGAAGUCAGGGUUCUCUGGAAAAGAUAAUAAAGCUUGGAAAAACUGAAGGCAACAAGAAAAGAGGAAGAUCACAUAUGAGAGGAACUGACACCAUAAAAGAAGCCUGUAGCAUGAUGCUACAGGAGCUGAAACUGAGCCCGAAGGGGGUGAGGGGGCUGCUGGGGUGGCGGCCCCAGGAGGCUGCGGUUGGAGUCUGUGCCCUCUCAGCCUCCUGGGGACUCGGGCCCAGCUGCACCUGGCGUGCUAACGAGUCCCCCGGGACCCCUCUUCAGUCUCGGGCGGGCUCGGGGAGAAAGGGCACUGGCAGGAGGGGGCAGGGUUGGCUCCUGGGGCUUACGGUCUCCUUUCACUCCCAGUAUCUGAGGCUCCCAGGCCCUGGCUGCUCCUGCCUCUUCUCCUUCACAGUGUCCCAGUGUGGCCAGGAGGGCCCUGGCGGUGGCCUGGACCUUGUGUACCAACGCUUAGGCAGACCUGGGCCGAACCGCCUGCACUGCCUGGGGCCACUCAGGGAGCGCCUCAGUAUCUGGGCAGCCAUGGAUUCUCUCCCAGCCCCAUCUUCAGGUCAGGGCCACAACCUGAUGGAAGCUUCCAGAGAUCCUGAGAAUUGGCACAUCGGGGGUUAUUCUAGAGAUGCAGUUUCACAGCCACAGAUGGCACUAGAGGAGGUGCCAGAUCCACGGGCAAGCAGCCAAAGACGGUCACUCCCCGGAUCCUCCAGGGAACACAUGGCACAGUGGGAAGUGAGGAACCAGACCUGUCUUCCAAACAGAGAGCCUGACCAGGCACUGCCUUCUGCUAGCCAGAAACAUCUGAACAAGAAGCGUCCAGCACCUGCAGCCACUAUAAAACUGAAAGAAAAGAGGCUCAGAACUCUAGCCCCAAGUCCACUACAAGGACUGCCCACUCAGGACCUACGAGAGGGAGAAGACUGGGAGCAAGAAAAUAAACAUGAAGACAUGGGCCCCAGACUGGAGCACAGUCCCUCAGUUCAAGCAGACUCAGAAUCCCCAAGCCCUGAAGAGGUACCAGAUUACGUCCUGCAAUAUGGGGCCAUCCACACUGCAGAGCAGCAACAUGCUUAUGAGCAGGACUUUGAGAGAGAUUAUGCUGAAUACCGCAUCCUGCACGCUCGAUUUGGGGCUGCAAGCCAAAGGUUCAUAGAGCUGGGGGCAGAGAUCAAGAGAGUUCAGCCAGGAACUCCAGAACACAAGGUGCUGGAAGAAAAGAUAGUCCAGGAAUAUAAAAAGUUCAGGAAGGUAAGACUAGGUCUGGGAAUGUCAGCAAUAAGGUAAAAAUGAAUUACUUCUC